AUGUGUCACCGUCUCUUCUCCCACCACCCUUUACCCUGGCAAGGUGAACGCAGCCAGGCAAGGAGGAGCUCUCCUCCUCUCCCCUCGCCCCAGUGGCCCGUCUGCCCAGGAGAUGGAGAGAGGCGCGGGGGGCGCCGGGCAGGUCCGCUUCAGCGACGAACGGCUGGGUCGCCGUCGGGAUCCCUCCGCUUGAAGCUGCUCAUCGCCGCAGUCAACGGGUCUCGGCAUAGCUCGGUUGCAGCAGGCGCGACGGCUGGGGCGCUGCUGCUCCCUCUUUUCCCGACGGGUGAAGCCAUCAACCCUCAGGCUGCGGCGCUGGGUGGGAGAGGCUCAGGAUCCCAUCUCUCCCACGCACCCUUCCUCUCACUGCAUGCGCGCAGAGAAGCAAGUCACGAUUCCCUCUCUGCGCGUCGAGGAAGAACCGGAGGAGAGGGGCAAUCUCCCCCUCCCACCCUCCGUUCCUCCCUCAAGCUAAAUGCAGGCAGCAGGGAAGGGGGCAGGCCUUUUGUGUUGCGAGGUUGUAAUGUAGUCAUUGCCUCCCGCAAAUUCGACAGAUUAAAAGCUGCAGCGAACGAGCUAGCUGCCAAAAUUCCAUCCACAGUUUCUGCCCAGGUUACCCCUGUACAGUGCAACAUUCGCAAAGAAGAGGAGGUAGAGGCACUGGUGAAAUCAACAUUGGACCUUCAUGGGAGGAUAGAUUUCCUGGUCAACAAUGGGGGAGGCCAGUUUCCUAGCCCAGCAGAAGCAAUUAGUUCAAAAGGCUGGAAUGCUGUGAUUGAAACUAACUUGACUGGGACCUUCUACUGCUGUAAAGCAGUGUACAAUGCUUGGAUGCAGGAUCACGGAGGUGCUAUUGUCAACAUCGUGGCUGAUAUGUGGAAAGGGUUUCCUGGCAUGUCACACAGUGGUGCAGCAAGAGCCGCAGUCGAUAACCUGACCAAAAGCCUAGCCAUCGAGUGGGCCCGCAAUGGAGUGAGAAUUAAUUCUGUUUCCCCGGGAGUGAUAUUUUCAGAAACUGCUGUUGCACAUUACAAAGAUGGUGAAGAACUGUUUAAAAGCUAUGUCCGAAAAAUUCCUGCCAAGAGAUUAGGACUUCCUGAAGAGGUAUCUCCCUUGGUGUGUUUCCUGCUGUCUCCGGCUGCCUCUUUUAUCACUGGAGAAACUGUGAAGGUUGAUGGUGGGCAGAGCAUAUAUAGUUCCCCAUGGGAAGUUCCAGAUCAUAAUAGAUGGCCACCUGCACCAGAUGGAGAUAAUGCCAAAGCACUCAAGAAGAUACUUUCAGGAAAAGCUUUGUCAAAGCUGUAAAACAAAAGAAAUGGGGUUAGCCCCCUUCCAUGCCUGUCAGUGGAUAAAUGCUGCCUUUCAGUAAUUGACUGCAAUCUUGAGGAUCACAGUCCCACUGGGGUAACAAACUGUGCCUUAGUUUUCUUUUUACGAUUCCUCUGAAGAAAGUCCUCCAGAACUAAACAACUGUCAACAUGUGCUGCUGCUGGCUUUUAUGUAAAAGGGUAAAUGCAUCUCUCAUGACCUCUGCUUUUGCAAUUUGAACUCGAUAAGCUCCGCUCACUAAAUCAUGUACAUAUGCUGCAUUAACAAGGUGCUGGAGUGAAUUACUUCAGCACCUUGUCCAUCUGUAGCUUGCUGUCAUCACAGCCUUUCUGAUUGCCAUGCAUUGAUUACUCACUUCUGUCAUAAGAGUCUUUGGCACAGCUCCCAGAGAUGAGAGAUGUUGGUGCACAAUAAACUGGUGGUUUGUAUCUA